AUGAGAGCAAUACCUACAUAUGUACCUCGGCGUCUUUAUGGAGCCAUCGGCAAUUCGCUUUUAGGCGAAAAUGAUCGAGACUUUCCACUUCUAAAGAGCUAUACACUAAUCAAGGAAAUCGAGGGUUAUACACCGUCGAUUCGAACUUUUCUCGACGGAAAACUACACGAUCCGGAUGCACUUUCUGACGAUUAUGGCGCUACGGUGACACGAAUUGGUGCACAUCCUGACUAA